UGCAUUGUGCAUUUCAAUCCACCCUUCUCACUACUCUAUUUGUUUCGCUUCUUAAUAACAGGGCGCCGAAAGUAUUGCUCCUCCUCAGAGUAUUUGAAACUGGACACCGCUGGCGUUUGAGGCCCCUCUUUUCCGCGCGGAGGAAUACGUUGUUGCUGCUGACAAUGUGGAUGGAGGUGGUUAAGAUGUCUACUAGAAGAAUGAAUUCAUCUCAAUUGUAGCAACAAAAAAGAGGGGAGUCGUGAGAGAGGCUGUGUGGAUACCGACUGUUUACUUUCGUGUUUUUUAAGCGUGGAUUUUCUAUCGAAGGAUGUUUAAAGCGGAAAUCGGAGACGUUUCGCGGUGAUACGACGCUUUUCUCUGCGCCGAGGUUCAAAUUCUCCUCUUCAAGUUUGUUUUUUUUUUCUUUCCUCCCGCUAAGAGUCAGCCUUUGCUUUAUAGCCGCUGGAUGUCAAACAUCUGAUAAAGAAAGGGCUCUUUAAAGACGGUGGGGCAUGAACAAGCAGCAGGACCACACAAUGGCGGUCGAAACAGAUAAGGAACUCAGCGACCUCUUGGAUUUUAGUGCGAUGUUUGCGCCCCCUGUGGCCAAUGGAAAGAACAGGCCAACCACACUUGCCAGCAGUCAGUUUGGUGGCUCAGGCUUGGAAGAGCGCAGCAGUUCCAGUCCUUGGGCUGCUGGAGAGCAGGGCAGCCCUUCAUUCAACCAGGAGCGGAGUUAUGUCGAAGGCUCACACUACAGCGAGCAUGAUGGGCUGUCUUCCCCAUUCCUUAGCUCAGGGAUCGGCGGAAAAAGUGAAAGGGAACCAUAUUCUUCGUUUGGUGCCCAGUCGGGGUUCAUGCCCUCAGACAUUGUGAUGGCCAGUGCCGAUGCCAUGUCUCCCUCAGGGCUGAAGUCUGCCUCUCAGUUUUACCCCUCAUACACCAGCAAUCCCCGCAGACGCCCUCCAGAUGGAAACAUUGACACUCAGCCAAAAAAGAUUCGGAAGCCUCCAGGACUACCAUCAUCUGUCUAUGCCUCCACAUCUGGUGAUGAGUAUCCUCGGGACAGUGUAGGAUAUCCAGGCUCCAAAACGGAUCCAGUGUACCCCGGCUCUUUCUACGUGCAAGAGAGCCUGCACCCAUCCUCUGACCCCUGGGCAUCCUCUGGACCUUUAGGCCAGUCAGGCUACUCAGCCAUGCUGGGAAACUCUCCCCACAUCAGCCAGCCUGGCUCCUUUACUGCCAUUAAUCCACAGGACAGGGUGAAGCGCCAGCCGCUGCCUCUGUCCCCACAAAACUACCCUCUGCGCGGAGCUGACGUCAAUGGGUUCCACUCAGGCUCUGGAGUUUACAAUCACACAUCCUCCAUCAAUGGAGCAGACAGCAUUAUGGCCAGCAGAAGUUCAGCCACAGGCAGCUCGGGUGACGAGAUUGGAAAGGCUCUGGCCUCGAUCUACCCCUCAGACCACAACAGCAACAACUUCCCCUCCACACCUUCCACUCCUGUCGGCUCCCCCCAGGGCAUUGCAGGUGCUUCACAGUGGCCACGAUCUGCAGGCCAGACAGCUCUUUCACCUAGUUAUGAAGGUGGACUACAUGCACUUCAGAAUAAAAUGGAGGACCGUCUAGAAGAGGCCAUCCAUGUGUUGCGCAGUCAUGCAGUUGGUGGGGCCCACUCAGAAGUGCACAGCCUGCUGAGUGCCGUAUCCUCGUCCGUUCAUAAUGGAGCACUGGGAGGCCUCUCGCAGAACUUCCCCAGUGCUGGGCUGCCUCUGGGCAACAGACAUCCUUCCAUGGGUGCAGGUCACCACGAUGAGCCUGCAUGCCUUCCUCCCAGCAGCAGCUUAUUACAGACAUCCCAUGCCUCAGGCACCCCACAGCCUGCAGGAGCACCAGAGGGUUUCAGCAGUUUGCCAGAAGGCAUAGCCUCAAACAGCAGUGACAUCAAGAGGGAAGACAAAGAAGAGGAUGAGAACUCUUCGGUGGCAGAUAAGUCUGAGGAGGACAAGAAGGACACCAAAGUGUCUCGCACCAGAACAAGAAAGGAGGCGUUUUCCCUCCAGUCCCAUUCAAGUGUUUCAGACCAAGGAGAAGAUCAAGAUGAUGAUGAGGACCUGCCAGCUGAGGUGAAAAUGGAACGGGAGAGGGAGAGGAGGGUGGCAAACAAUGCGCGAGAGCGUCUGCGCGUGCGUGACAUUAACGAGGCCUUCAAAGAGCUUGGCCGCAUGUGUCAGCUGCACCUGAGCACGGACAAACCGCAGACCAAGCUGCUCAUCCUUCAUCAGGCUGUCAAUGUCAUUCUCAACCUGGAGCAGCAAGUGCGGGAGCGCAAUCUAAACCCCAAGGCUGCAUGUCUGAAGCGGCGGGAAGAAGAAAAAGUGUCUGGUGUGGUGGGUGACUCUCAAAUGCAGCUGUCAGGAGCCCACCCUGCUCUGGGAGGAGAUGGGCACAAUCCCGUCAGUCAUAUAUGAUGAUCCAGCAGUUUUCUUGGCUCAUGGAAGAAGUGGCCUUUUUUAUCUCUUCCCUCAUCCUCUUCAGAGUGCAUGUGCGCACACAUGCAUAUAUAGACAUGGAAAGUGUAUCUAUGAAAUGUAAGAGGUGCAUCUUCACACAUCCAGAAACACACGAGUACUGCCAAAACUGACACAGCCCAUUUUACCGCACUCCUGACCAUGAUUACCAGCGUAAAUGUGAAGAACUCUUUCUCUGUAUUUUUUUUUUUUUCUUUUGUACUUUUCUGCUUCCAUGAAAUGAUGGAACACAGGGAUAGUUGUGUUGUAUCCGCUAUGGACUUUCCCCACCCCACUGCUGAGAGUGAGAGGAGAAAAAAAAACUUAGAAAUGUCUGAAUUUAAUCAAGGAUUUGUGCCUAAUUGUUACAUUUUAUAAGAGACAUUGAAGCAAAUUGCUUACUUGUGUGGAACAAAUCUGUCUGGGAGUUGCUUGUAUAUGAGCAAUGUUUAAUGUAGCUUGGCAUUCCCUACUUAAAGGUACAGUCUUACAUGUGUUGUGAAACCAAACCCAUGUGACGUGGGAGAGAACCUGUGGUGCUUUUGGGGACUACAUAUCCCACCAUGCCCUGGUUCUGUGGUGGGAAGAAAGCUCACAGACCAGCUGAACUCAUUGGACUCUAGUGAGAUGAAUAUUUUCCAUCCAGGCUGAUUUUCAGUCUUGACGCGCUCUUCACAUUUUUUUUUUUUUUUUUUUUUAUUUUAUUUUAAAGAGUUGUGAGACCAUACACGGCUCUCAACAUUUCACUGGCCACUGCCAGUAAGAGUAAACACGCAGCUCAUGAAUUAGUUCGGAAGGUGUCGGUCUACUCACUUGCAAGUAUUUGGUACGUUUCUAUGAAAUAAUUUCCUUUAGAUCGCUUCUUUUCCCUCUGACACCAGCUUGCGGUGUGUCAACCUCAUUAUUCCUCCUUGUUUCUACUGUUCUUCGCUCCUAUUUAAACCCACAGUGUCAGGCAUCUCGGCCUCUUGUCAGCAACGUGAGACAUGCUUGCCCUGUCUGCCAUUACAGAUGAGGGCACUCUAAAACUGGCAGAAUAAAAACCUGACGGUUCUCUCUCUCAUCUUUUUGUCCUUCCAAAAAUGUGUACCACCGAGAUGAAUGUUUCAGUAGAGGGCAGAAAAUUAUCUCCUUUGAAGAGGGGCAUCUUUUUCACAUAGUGACC